AUGAAAACACUAUAUGGCUUUGCUGGGGCAAGCUUGGCCCUCGCCUGGUCAGCCGCUGCUACGACCAAGUACGUGAUCAGUUUCGGAGAUUCAUACACGUCCACCACCUUUAAUAUCACCGGCACCAAGCCCUCCGCUGCGAACCCGCUCGGAAACCCUCCCUAUCCGGGGUGGACCGCAUCUGGAGGGUCCAACUGGAUCUCCGACAUCGUUGCCAAAUACAACAACUCCCUUCUCCUGAGCUACAAUCUCGCGUAUGGAGGAGCUACUGUCAAUGCUUCACUCGUGGCGCCAUAUCUUCCGACGGUAUACUCCAUCAUUGAUCAGGUAGCCGAAUAUCAGGAGUACUUAUCCCCACCACCGUCAUGGGCACCAUGGAAUGCGAAGAACACUCUGUUUGCAAAAGAAUCCCAUGCUGACCAUACCAGAGGCGUUAACGAUGUAGCAGGAUCCUGGUACCAAACCAGCGCCGCCACCUUGGAAAGGGAGAUUUUGGAUCAGCUUUUCGAACAGCUUGAACUUGUCUAUCAAGGUGGCGCCCGUAACUUUGCCCUCUUGACUGUUCCUCCGAUUGAACGCACGCCGAACAUCAUGCAAGGGUCGGAUCCGGAUUACACGAUUCCUCGCUUGAAAGCUGCCAUUGAGCACUGGAACACAAUCCUCGUCGAGAAAGCUGAGGCACUCACUCAAACGCAUCCCGACGCCAUCGUCAAGGUCGUGGACACACAGCCGGUUUUUAACAGUAUCCUAGACAACGGCGGAGCGGCGGCGGAGUGCUGGAAUUCCGACGGCGUCACUUGUCUAUGGUUCAACGACUUUCACCCGGGGAUUGUGAUCCAGGAUGCUGUGGCUCAAGCGGUCGCAGCUGCGUGGAAGGGGAGCUUCUUCACCUAGUACUUGAGUCGACUGCCUUGAACCAUGGUUUGGGGUUUCAUGCUCGGGUGUCAAUCGCACCAUGGCAAUACAUGUCCGUGAUCACAACCAUGGGCGCGCUUACUCGGUUUGACCCUUGUGAGACACCGGAUUAGUAAUGAAAGCAUGGACAAAUUUUGAACCUACUCAGGAUGCAGAUCUUUGUUGAUUUGUCAGACUUGAAUGCAGGCAUUUAGUUACUCGUAGCUGGUG